UCGGAUAGCAAAGGAGCGCGCUGCAGAGCAGGCUUAUCUCCUGCGGGAUCCCGCUCCCGUGCGCGAACUGCCGAGGGAGCUCGUUCAGGUUGCAAUCCUACAGACACUUCACUUAGGAAGGCAGCUCGGUUGAAGCUUGUGGGAGCUUGUUUCCGAGAUUAAUGCACGCCUUAGGAUGGCUUUGCGCGCCUGGAAGCCGUGCAGAACGUGAGGACUGGAACAGUCGUGUCUGGUUUAGAGCAGGUUUUGCACGCACUGAGUGAACACCUGGACCAAUGCUGGCCAUCCUUGUCCCGGUGGUCUAUAGCAGAUCCAUCUUCACUUCACUGGAGAGAUUUCCCACCAUCCUCCUUCGUCCUUUCUGGCUGUAUUCUAACGGAGAGACAUAUGCAUAAAGCACAUGUCCAAGUAAAGUACCCAUGGCCGCUCCAGUAGGGCACGGUCGCCGUUGCUUUCAGGACCAGUCUGCCGUCCAGGGCAGCUGCCUGGGGUCGGUUCCUAAAAGAUGACGCCACUGCAAUUCCCUUGCCGCAGCUGCUUUGGACCGUUGGGGGCUACAUGGGCUGCUUUCCUGAUGGCUUCCUCUCACUGAGCCCGCUUGCCACCCCGGGAACAUCUGGGCCGUGUGUGGGGCUGGCACAUGCUCUAAAACUGUGCUCUAAAACUGCUGCUUCUUGCAAAGGGUUGCCAGACGUCAGGCUGAGGCGGCAGGCCAGAGCUGUAGGCUCCGUCAGAGACCGCCAUGGGCCGCUUAGAUGACCAGGCCAAGAGACGGAUCGUGGAGCUGCGCAAGGCCGGGCUGAGCUUCCGCAAGAUCAAAAAGGUGCUGGAGCUGGACAACAUCCGCGUCACUCCGCAAGCCAUCUACCUGUUCCUCAAGCGCAAAAAUGUUGAGCCCAGCCCGCCGCUGCCGGCCCCCCAUCCUCUGCCUCUGCUCGAGAAGGGCAGCCAGAACACUCUGCCGGACCCAGCGGGCUGGGAGGACAACCAGCUCUGGAAGCUGCUGCAGGGACACGAAGCUCGGCACCAGAAGCCAGGCGAAGGUGCUGGGCCUGCCGCGGGAGCCGCUCCGGACGGUGAGCUGCUGCAUCACGGCAACGGCCCUCCAGAGGGCGAGGGCGGCAUCAAGAUCGUCAGCGUGACGUCCUUGAGCAAAGACGGGGAGCAGCAGGGCAGUAGCCAUGGGAACCUCCCUGUGGGAUCACAGCUGGGCCCAAGCCUUGGGGACAACUGCCUCAUGCCAAAAUCUUCCCUUUUGGUGAGUUGCUCGGCUCCAGUUGUACCUGCAGCCCCUCUGCCUAAUCCGCACUGCAAAGGGAAAGCGUUUCUGCCUCCUGCUAGGAAUCCUGCCUUAAUCGUGAAGCGGAAGAUAGUAGGCAGAGCAAUCCACCUCCAGAAAAAGACUACGGAUGCCGUUACACAGACCCCCACGUUCCACGCCAUGUGCUCUACAGCCCAGCAAAAUUCCCAGCGGGGAGGUCCGUUGGCUGCCUCCCUGGCCUGCUUUGCCAACCCCCAGACCCUUGCAGAGAAACUGGACAUGGUGCACACUGAGGUCCAGAAGCUUGCGCAAGCGAUGCAUGUGGUCUUGGAGCGCCAGUGCCAGCUGGAACGCCAGCAGGAGCAGCAGCAGCGCUUCCAGCAGGAGGUGCUCAUGACUCUGCAGCAGCUCAGUUCCACCAUCAGCCAGGGCGCGGUUCCUGCCAACCCCCCCUGUGCGCCGUACGGCAGCCUGGCCGACCCCUCUCCCUCUUUGCCGAAUUUCAGCCAGUUCAAGAUGGAGCUGAUCUGAUCAACUGUGGGGAGACGGAAGUGGAGAAAACAGUGGAGCUGUUUAAAUAGCCCCCUGCACCUUUCUACCUGGGGCGCCCUCCUCCCUGGCACGCGUGUCCUACCCACCACCUGCUCAGGGACCCCUGCGGGUCAGAGAAGCUGAGAGGGAGGGAGAAAAUGGACAGAGAAAUACUUUUCUCCCCGUCUUAGGAUACCAAAACUUGGGGUCAUCCCGUAUGACAAUGGCGCAUUGUUAAACUACCUCUCUGAAUAGCAUUAGGAGGGGUUUGGGCAGGUGCAUGGAGAAGGCCGGGGUGGCCAUCCGUGCUGGUCUCGGAGGCGAUGUGUCGCUGGACACCAUGGGCAGAAGGUUGCCGGUGUGCCCACGCUCUAGUGGUUUUCGGCAGCCACCCACUGCCCGCUGUGGCCA